AUGUUAUUUGUCUCUUUGCAGCACCCUUACCCAACAGAGGAUGAGAAAAGGCAGAUAGCAGCACAGACAAACCUGACACUUUUGCAAGUCAAUAACUGGUUUAUCAAUGCCCGGCGGCGCAUUCUGCAGCCCAUGCUUGAUGCAAGCAAUCCAGAUCCAGCUCCCAAAGCCAAGAAGAUCAAGUCCCAACAUCGGCCUACUCAAAGAUUCUGGCCCAACUCCAUCGCAGCUGGUGUGCUGCAGCAGCAAGGAGGCAAUCCUGGUACUAAUCCUGAUGGCUCUAUAAAUAUGGACAACCUGCAGUCCCUCUCAUCCGAUAAUGCUACCAUUGCUAUGCAGCAAGCCAUGAUGGCAGCUCAUGAUGACUCACUUGAUGGUACAGAAGAUGAGGAAGAAGAUGAAAUAGAGGAAGAGGAAGAUGAUGAACUGGAGGAAGAUAAUGAUGAGCUCCAGACAACAAAUGUUAGUGACCUUGGUUUGGAACACAGUGACUCACUGGAGUAGCAAAUAACUGAAGGUCCCUGAUUUUAAAUGAAGCAGAUGCCUCCUGGAAAGUUGUUCCUUACCUAAAUCAGAAGCUGAGGAAUCCUUGAACUUUGUCAUAAAAGUUCCCACACAUUUCUUUAAAAGUUAUAUAUGACAAAAUCAAGUAAUGAUGCCCUACAAAGUGUCUCAUUUGCCUGGAUCAGACUGCAAAUGUGGACUGGUGUGCACAUUUAAGAGACCAGUAGAA